ACGAUAGACCUUAAUUAAUUGUAUCAAUAUCUAAAUUCGUUCAGCUCGUAUGACAUUUAUAUAUACACACUCGUUUCUUUGAUUAAUUAUAAUAUAUUUAUCUGGAGAUCGAUCGAUAUCCAUGGGUUCAGAAGCAAACAAUAUCAACGACCGUGGAAACAACUACCUACAGGUACCAUCAAAGCCGCCAUCAUGCGCCAACGGCUGCGGCUUCUUCGGCUCGGCUGAUACCGACAACCUCUGCUCCAAGUGUUUCAGUGACUCGCAGAGGCAAGCCGUUUCAGCCGUGGACAAGCUGCUGCUAGUCACCAAGAUGUCGGCGGCCGUCUCAUCAUCAACUGUAGCUGAAGAUCAAACAGUGUCGGUGGUACCGGCGGCUGAGGUGAAAUUGAUCAAGGCGUCGAACAGGUGUAUGACGUGUAAUAAAAAAGUGGGAGUGAUGGGAUUUAAGUGUAAAUGUGGGGAUGUGUUUUGUGGGAGUCAUAGGUAUCCUGAAAAACAUGACUGUGAUUUUGAUUUUAAGAAAACCGGUCGGGAUGCCAUUAGUAAAGCCAACCCGGUUAUUAUUGCUGAUAAACUCACCCGGAUUUGAUCAUUCAAGAUAUCCUCACUCAACCCCGUUUGGCUUGAAUUUAUCACCGUGUAGCUAGAUUAGCUAGAUUUUAGCAGGGUUGUAUAUAAUGUACGUAUUUACCUUUAUCUUUUUUUUUUCCUUUUUUUUUUCUUCUUGCUAAUCGUUAUUCAGUCAUCUCUAUGUGUACGACACCUAGAAAGGUACUAGCUAAUACUUUGAUCCAUAUAGUAGCUAGGUACAAUGAUUACCGUUUACCACUUCCAUCCGGAGAUGUAUCAUAUUUUGAUCGUUCACACAAUAAAAUAAACGUAGACAGACGAAUAAAGUCAUUAUUAA